UCGGUAUUUAAAGUCUCGAUAACAUCUUUUUAUACAAGAAAGUCUCUCUCUCUCUCUCUCUGUAAUUCUCUCUCUUCCACAAGAAACAAUGAAGAAGCUCUACAAGAAAGGAACCGUACACCCAUCGCCGCAGGUAAAGUCCGGUGACCAUCUUCUCCCUCUCCUUCCCGUCGCCAUCUUCUCACUAGCGGCGGUUCUCUCGCCGGAAGACCGUGAAGUUCUGGCUUACCUCAUAUCAACCGCCUCUUACUCCGGAGACCGAAACCCUACCUCUCGCCUGAAUAAGACCAAACCCCACAAAAAGUCUCAUUUCGACAACAACCACUCACCUCUCUUCACUUGCGACUGUUUCAGCUGCUACACGAGUUACUGGGUCAGAUGGGACUCGUCGCCGAGUCGCCAGCUGAUUCACGAAAUCAUCGACGCUUUCGAAGACAGCUUGGAGAAGGAGAAGAAACAGACGAAGAAGAAGAGCAUAAAUGGGAAGAAAGAUCGGAGAAAGCGUUCAGUGAAACCUUCAGCUCUCGCUGGUUCUAGCUUCUGUACGGAUGACUCGGUGAUUCCGAGUCCACUCGGUGAGUCAAUUACGAGUCCGUAUCCGUGUUCGAGUUCGAGCGAGUUGGGUGAUGAUAGUGGUGGUUGCAACGGCGGUUUGGAAUCGACGGCAGAGUUCCGUACCGGAGACGUUGGUGACGAGGCGGAGGAGGUGGAGGAGGAGAAAGGGUCCGUUAGGAGAUUUGUGAGUUUCAUUGGUGAGAAAGUUUUUGGUGUUUGGGGAUAAGAAAAUUUUGACGAGAAAAUUUCUUCAAGGAAAUAAAAAGCCAGAAAUGUUUUGUUUAUUCACUUGGAUCUUUCUAGCCCUAGAUGUUUGAUUACCCAAUAGUUUUCAUGUGUAUGCAUUAAUUGUACUAUAGUGGGACAAAAAUAUAUCAUUGUAUUUAUAACAUCUUGAUUAUAUCAAAAAAUUAGUAUACAAAAA